AUGUCGUUUGGAUACAUUGAGAAGCUUAUACCAUUCAAGACGUCCUCAGCAUGUAAUAAGGAAUACGCAUCUUUUGAUAGAAGCUUUAAUAUCGGAAAACUUUUGAAAGAUAUUGUUGAGUUGGUUCAAGAGAGCUCAUCGAAUCAGAGGGUCCAAAAAAGUCAUGGUGAGAUUAGUAUCCCUUUGCUGGUUGGAACCGAACAAAUAUACAUGAAUAUACCGAACACAGCCAAAGAUUAUAAGCUCAUUGGACAUUUGGGAUAUACCAAGGCCGCUUUUUUGGCUUAUUUUGUAACAUUGGAGGUUACUGAUAAACCGACUUCCAUUAAUGCAACUGUCUUGAAAUCCAAGUCAGGUCCAUGUCUAGGCGUACCCAAUCCAAGAAUAGCAGCGAUAUUCUCGGUAGCCCUGACCCUGCGCAACAACUUGAAGGAUAUACCAGUGACGAUAGAACAUAUUAAAUGCACCACAGCUCAGGAUAAAUAUAUAUUUGAUCAUUUGGAGAGAAUACAAUGCUCCAGACAAAAAGCUACAGAGAAAAGGGAUGCUUGGAAGGAACAUGCUUUCGACAGCGAUGUGAUGUCUCAUAAGCUCAAUGCUGUCCCAAUGCAUAAGAAAAUUCACUACCCUGAUUUUCAUAAUUCAGGCUUUAAACUUGUUCCAAAUACGAUAAUAGAAAGCGAUUUUGUAGCAAGACCGCAUUUUUUUCAUCAUCGUAGUGGGUAUGAAGGAACACUUGAUGGAGAUGUAGUUCAGGCAGGUUAUGAAGCUGCUUGCUUGGCAGCAUCAAGUUUCAUAUCUCCUGCACCCUUCCGAGUAACAAAAGUAAACGACAUUGCGUUUAGUCUGCCAAUAAUGCUAGGAGAUCACAUUCACAUAAUUACGAAAAUCAUUUACUCGAAUCCGAAUGGAAAUUUUGUUACUCAUGUCACAGUUGAAUCGCGCAACCCAAGAGACCUUGCUUACAAGACGGCCAUUACAAUGCAUGUGUCUUUUGUUUCCUCCAAUCCAUCUGUACAAAUCAGCAUGAUUUUGCCAGUAACAUUCAAAGACAGACUUCUUUGGCACAUUGGCCACGAAAUGGUGUUUCAAAGAAAUGAUUAUUUUGAGGAAUUUAUUGAUAAAGUAAAACAGACUGAAAACAUAUGCAAGUUGUAG